AUGCUCGAAACCUUCGAUUUAGUGCGCCGGAACUCUAGCAAAUGGCUGAACGGUAUGAUUCCCGUCUUAUUCGAGUGGCUGAGCUCCGCUUUUUAUGAGUUUCCGGUCGCAAAUCCUGCGGUAACUCUGAAUGGUGACCGUAUGGAUGAAAUCAUAUCAGAUGACAUUAUUCCUAAGAUAGGGAUGGAGUUCGAAACAGAAGUUGAAGCAUAUGAUGCUUAUAUGAAAUAUGCUAAGGCAACAGAGAAGGUUUUAGAACAACAAACAAUCGAGGCGUUACAGUUAAAAAUCCUCGUCCCGAAAUUAGACGUCAUGGUGGGAAAGAGACCAAAAACCAUCUUAACAGAUCAAGAUCAAGCAAUGAGCGCUGCUUUAGCUUCCAAGUGGCCAUCAACUUACCAUCACUUAUGUGUUUGGCAUAUUUUUCAAAAUGCAGUCAUUCAUCUCUCAAGCGUUUUUUCAAGUUUCAAGAACACAUUUGCAGCUGAUUUUAGUCAUUGUAUAUACGACUAUAAAGAAGAGUCAGAAUUCCUUGAUGCAUGGAGCAAAAUGAUAGAGAAAUACGAGUUGAAAGAUAAUCAGUGGUUGGCAAGAAUGUUUUCUCUAAGAGAAAUAUGGGCAUUGGCUUAUGAAAGAAAUACUUUUUGUGCAGAUAUCAUUACAACUCAACGGAGUGAGUGCAUGAAUGUUGUUGUCAAGUAUUAUGUAAGUUACAAAAACAAUAUUGUUGAGGCGUUCCAUAAUUUUCAGAGGUUGAUAGAUGAUCGCCGUGAGAAGGAAUCAACAGAAGAUUUCAAAAAUGCUCAAAGUUCUCAUGCUAUGAUAUUUCCAUUUGAAAUAUUAAAGCAUGUUGUUCCCGUAUAUACACAUAAGAUGUUUGUAUUGUUUAACGAGGAGUUGAGAAAGACAUUUGAAAGCAAGAUCGAGAGUGAGGAUGAACUUGGAAGUUCAAGAAUACAUAAGGUCAGGCCAUUUCAUCGAACUAAAGAGCAUAUAGUCACAUAUGAUUCUAUUGGGGGUUCUAUUUCUUGCGGUUGUAGAAAGUUUGAAUUCUCAGGUAUUUUAUGCUCACAUAGUUUAAAAGUCUUAACAUUUAUGAAUAUGAACCGAAUAUCUGAUGAAUAUAUCUUGAAGCGGUGGACCAAACAUGCAAAGAAUGGUAUGACAGGUGGUUGUGAUGAAGAGGUUAUUGUUGAUGAAAAAUAA